GGCAAACUGCGUCGCCCCCAGGUGUUCAUUUCGUUCACUUCAUCCCUGAUAGCGUCCUUGCUCCUAGGAGGAGGGUCCAAACCUUUGGACACUAUGCGGCGAGCGGCAGGGAAUGCCAUUGGCUUCCUCGGAAGGGGCUCUUCGCAGUUCACCCUGGUCAUUGGAGUAGUUUAUAUGUGGUACCACCACCCGAAGUUUGCUUUGAAGUACUCAGAAUGCGGUUGGAGCGAUGAAGCUGGCUCUCAGUGGGUGGACUGCAACCAAGAGUGGGCCUCCAACUUUGGGAUGGCCUCUUUGCCCUUCAUGACGCCACUGCUCGUCGGGCUCAUUGGUGUCUUCAUGUACCGGCCUGUGCUUCUGCAGGUGCAAGGCUUUCCACGAAACUUCCUUCAGUAUGGCAUUUGGCUCGUUUUCCAGGGCAUUUUUGCAAACUUUGGCUAUUGCGGCAAGCUUGGCGUUAUGAAUGGCUACUUCUCUGUUUUUGUGGGAAUCUUGGCCUUCAUUGGGCAAAUCACAGGGUUGGAAACAGAUCGCAUGCUGAAGCUCAAGGGGAGCAAGGUCAUUGACUGCGUCGGAGAUGACCCCGACCCGUCCAGGUCCAUGGAGGACAUGUCCAAGAUUCAGGACUACUACCCUUGGACGCUCAUCUCGGCCCUUUUCUGCCCGAUUUUUGGAGGUAUGGGUGUUUACCACUCCUACAAUGUGCAGAAGUUGAAAAAGAAGAAGGACCUGAACGCUGCGCGCUUGUCCUCAGCCCGUGCUGCGAAGUGGGGUCUGUGGGCCAUCAUGGUCGGCAUGGUCAUUCUGGGCUCGGCCACCAUCAUUGGGCUCACGAAUGGCCGUGUCGCUCCCCAGCCCAUUGAGGAGGACGAUGGCGACGACUACGGGUAUGGGGAUGUUGGAGAUGAUGGGGACGAUGGAGAUGAUGGGGACGCCGGUGACGAUGAUGGAGACACGAAAGAGGAUGAGACAGCGGAGAGGCGACUUCACCUUCGUCAACAUCAUGCAUGAGUGAGAUGACUCACAGCUUGACAUAGCCAGGCCAAGAAAAUGAGUUUUUCCAUUGUGG